AAUAUUUUAAUAUAUUAUUGUUUUUUCCCUAGUGCUUGUGAAUAAUAAUUGUUUUUUUUUUCGUUUUUCAUCAUGCACGUCUAUUUGUGUUCUCGCGUCACGCAGUUGUCGUGUUACAUUCAAGUUUGUAAAUGUUAUCACUUAAGCGUCCUAGUCAACAACGACCGUCGGCAUCACUCUUAUAAAUUGUAAAUUUUAAGCCGGGUUUCCACUAUAAUGCGUCGCGUAAUGUUGAGUAUAAAUAGAAUUAUAUUAUGUUUGACUUGUAGGUAAUGUAUUACCGAAAUUUUUUUACUUACAACAUUAUUAUACGAAAUAAACAGAAAACAAUACGAUACUGUUGUGGAAACCCGGUUUUACGUCGCGGGGUUUUGCCUAUCGUCUUACCUUGUCUAUUCCGACAGAACGUAAUUAUCAUAUUAUAAUGUUGUUACGUCGACGACGGCCAUUAUUAUUAUUAAUUAUUAUGAGUGUGCAACUAUGCGAGUACCAUGGUAUAAUAUGAAAAAUGUCAAUUUACUGGUUACUUCGUGCAAAUGAUGACAAAAUAACCUAGAAUACGUUGGCCUAGAACCGUUAGAAAAGAUAUUUAUGGUAUAUUCAAUUCUAUUUAUAAACAACUAUUCCACGGUGUUGGCGGGCUCAUAAAAAAAGAAUAACCGCAUGCAAAUCGUCAAGUAUAAUAAUAAUUCCAAAUGGACCGCAAACCGGACAACGACGGCGGUACGUCCGAUUUCGAAAUUCCGUUUUUCGACCUAGAGUCACAGCGGUUAGAAUUCGACACAAGCGCGGACGAAACGGAUUCUUCAAGUGUUUUUGACUGUAGCUUAGACGAAAGUUUUCAACAGAUUAAGAAUGACCUAGAACGACUUCACCGAUCGACCCCGAAAAAGAUGAAUUUUCAUCGACCCGCGUCAGCUUGUCCUAAUGAAUCGUCCGCUGUCGUUGAUGACGAGUUUCCCGAAAUUGAUAUCGACCAGAGGUUUGAUAUAAUGAAAGACAGGGUUAGAAAUUAUCGAUCUAAAGAGACGGAAACAUUGAGACGAUGCAUCAUCGAACUAAAUAACACUAUAGCUUGCGUAACAGACAACGAAGGUAUGGUCAAAAAGUGUGAACGUUUGGAAUUGGAUAUCUCAAAACAAGAGAAAAUCCAAUUGCUAAAAACUGACAUAGCUGCAAUAAAAAGUCGUUUGUUGUCAUUUUUGCGUAAUGAUCGAUUGGAUGCUAAUGUACAAAACAAAAAUGAACUUCAAGCUUUAAUCCACACAGCUAAGACUGAAUUAUCAAAUUUGGAUACUUAUUGGAAUAGUCGCAACAUAGUGGGCAUUACCGAAGAGUUAAACAGACACUUCAAUGAGUUGAACGAUUCAAAUAAUAUUUUGAAUCAUAUGAACAAAGAAGUCGCAGAUUUAUAUUCUAUUUAUACUAACACUAAACAAAGAUUAGAAAGUGAGAUAUUAAGAUAUCAGAAUGCAUUGAUCACAUGGGCUGAAUGUGACAAACAGUUAAUGGAACUUGAGAUGAAAUUCAAAGGUUUUAGUGAUGAUGGCGUUGUUGGUGGAAACCAAAAAUCUGGAUGUUUUGGAUCAACUUCUGACAGUGGCAUGUCAGAUUCAGGUUCAGAGCAUGAGCUUAAUGAGCAUGAAAAAAGAUUAAUUAACCUAAAACAACUAGCUAACAAUUUGAUGACUAUUAUGACUCCAGGCAGUGAAGCACUAUCAUCAAUAUUAGCUAGAAUAGAGAAUAAUGAAAAACAGUUAAAAGAACUACAGCAAACCUGCAAAGAUCUCAUAGGAAGAUCAGAACUUUGUAGUAAUGAUGACAAAUUGGAUAGCUGUGAAAGCCACAUUAACACCGAUAUUGUCGACGCGGACGUAGCGGCGGAGGAAACAAUUGCGGAAACGCCUCUCAAUAAGAAGAUCAAAGACAACACCGCACUACUCUGGCGCACGCUUCGGAUUGCUGUGCCGUUCUACCUGGCAGUCAUGAUCUUGUGCUCGAUCGGCUGGCUGGAACCUCAGUGCUGUGACCUACAGAACAACUACAAGUGGUCGUUCGCGUUAGGUCUCCGGUACAUGAACGGUCCGCCGCCAACGUGAUUCUCGGAACACCGAAAUUCGACAUCACUCCUUCCGAAUUGUUUUUGUACAUAAUUACCUAUAAAUAUUAUUUGUUAUUUCAUCAUCGCCGUCAAAAGCGGGGACGACGGUUCGGUAAUUGAUCGUUUGAGAGGAUAGUAUAGCGCACGCGCUAUACGAUGUUUUCACUCUCAUCCGACCCACCAUAUUACAUGUCCUCUCAUCAAAAUCAACAACAUUCCUAACAAUUAUAAUUUACCUUAACUAUAUAUACAUAUAUAUUAAAAAAUUAAAUAUUUUUUUCUUUUUUUUUUUUAAAUUAUUAUUCUAAUGUAUAUUUUGAAUGAUAUUACUGUUUUUUAUUGGAUAUCGUUUAGAACGAAUAUUUGCAAUUAAUGCGAAUCUUUAAGCGCUUAUUUUUAUCAUCAUAUAAUAAUAUACCUAUUUACAUAGGUUAUUUGUCAAAUGAGGUCAACAGUUAUUCGAUAGUUUCAAUUUGUUUUUAUAGUUUAUUUUGGUUUUUUUUAUCCAGACCAAUAUUACUUUGUUGUGACGAUCGAUUGAUUUUACUAUAUACUGAUGUUUUUUUUUUUUUUUUAAGUAUGAGAAUUCUUGUAAAAAAAAUCUAUUUAUAUCUGUAUAUAUUAUACUUAAAAUUUCAAUCUUACGCACUCGAUAGUACUUAUUAUCAAGUCAAAACAUUUUUUUAGUAUCGUGUGUGGAACACACUGAGGUUUCCAAUCCACUCCGUCGUCGCUGUUAAAGUAUGAGGAUGUAGUUUUCCGAAUGUUAUUU